AUGGUUUUGUCAGUGUGGAAGUUGGUGGUCUUUGGUAUCAUGGCGGUGGGAUCUCAGGGCUCUCUCCCACAGCCCCGGUCACAGCAUCGGGUGUCUCCAGGGCGCUAUGACCCAUCAGAGGACUUAGCAUCGAUCCCAGGGACGUCUGUAGAGGCGCAGAGUGAGGAACGCUUUCAGGAGGUCCGGCGGGGUGACGAGAGAAGUGUCCUGCUGCAGCGGGGCGCGCGGAAAGAUGCCGACAUCUACCUGAGGCACGAGAAACUGAGAGAUGACGCAGGAAUAAGAACUAAUUGCAAAAAUCGCCCUAUUGACCUGGUUUUCAUCAUAGACAGUUCCCGCAGUGUGCGCCCUGCUGAAUUUAAAAAGGCCAAGGAGUUCCUGCAGGACAUGGUGGACAGCAUGGUUAUUGGCAGAGAUGCCACUCGUGUCGGCCUCGUUAAUUAUGCGAGCACCGUCAAAAUUGAGUUUCUCCUCAACACUUUUUUUGACAAGUCCUCUGUGAAGCAGGCACUCGGCCAAGUUGAGCCCUUAGCUUCAGGCACCAUGACAGGCAUGGCCAUCAGGACCGCCAUGGAAAAAGCCUUCACCAAGGAGGCCGGGGCCCGAUCCUCUUCCAAGAACAUUGCUAAGGUGGCUAUUAUAGUGACUGAUGGGAGACCUCAGGACAAGGUGGAGGAGGUGUCAGCCACAGCCAGAGCAUCUGGGAUUGAAAUCUAUGCAGUGGGAGUUGACAGAGCUGAUAUGGCUUCCCUGAAACUUAUGGCCAGCCAGCCACAUGAUGACCAUGUCUUCUAUGUGGAGACCUAUGGUGUGAUCGAGAAGCUUACGUCUAAGUUUAGGGAAACUUUGUGUGGUAAGGAUGAUGAUAAUGGGAGUGCAGAUAUUGAUAACGGACUAGGCCUAUAUGGCAGGAAAGACGAUAAUAAGCGUGACAGUGAAGGGAACAACGGUUUGGAUCCAUGUGAUCAAGGACACAGCUGUCAGCAUAUUUGUGUCAACAGUGGUGACUCGUACAUCUGCAAGUGUCGCCCUGGCUACAUCCUGAAUCCAGACAAGAAAACAUGCUCACGUGCAGAUGCUUGUACCCAGGGACAUGACUGCCAGCACAUUUGUGUCAACACCCGUGACUCGUACAUGUGCCAGUGUAGAACUGGAUAUGUGUUGAACACUGACAAGAAAACAUGCUCACCAAAGGUGACUAUCACAUAUGCAAAUGGUUUGGAUGCAUGUUCUUCAGAACAUAACUGCCAACAUAUUUGUGUCAAAAGUGGAGAUUCUUAUGUUUGCAUGUGUCACAAAGGAUAUUUGUUGAACGCAGACAACAAAACAUGCUCACGUUCUGAUCCAUGUGCCCUUGGACACGAUUGCCAUCAUAUUUGUGAAAAUAGUGAUGCAUCAUAUGUCUGCAAGUGUCGGGCGGGAUAUGUGUUAAAUGCAGACCGGAAAACUUGCUCACGUUCUGAUCCAUGUUCUCACGGACAUGAUUGUCAGCACAUCUGUGUAAACCGUGAUGCUUCAUACAUGUGCAAAUGUCAAGUGGGAUAUGUGUUGAAUCCAGAUAAAAAGACAUGCUCACGCUCAGACACAUGUUCUCAGGGGCAUGACUGCCAGCAUAUAUGUGUCAACAGUGGAAGCUCAUAUGUCUGCAAGUGUCGGCUGGGAUAUUCGCUCAACAUGGACAGGAAGACAUGCUCACGUUUGGAUCCAUGUAUUCAGGGACACGACUGCCAGCAUAUCUGUAUCAACAACGGUGCUUCUUACAACUGCAAAUGUCGAGUUGGAUAUAUGCUAAAUUCAGACCAGAAAACAUGUUCACAGGAAAUGAGGAGUGAAAUUUCAGAAGAUGCCUGCAUGUGCGAAGCUCAAAUUGUAUUCCAGAAAAAAGUGCAGUCAGCCAUUCAAGAGCUCACCAGGAAAAUUUCUGAACUUUCAGACAAAGUAAACGACAUUGAAGGCACAUUCCAACAUUGAGAACAAAGAGGAACUAGAGGAAAAAUGUCAGCACUUUCAUUCCAAUUAGUGUUACAGAAUAUCAUGUUCUGUAAAAGUUUUUAUUUCCUAAUGUCUGAAAAUCUGCAUUGUGUUUUUAAUGUUACAAUAAACUGCCCUGCUGCUGUGUUUCUGAUAAACUUACAUUGGUGGCAACUCUGGUGUAAUUGCCCACAUUUAACAAAAGACAACUCAACAGGACUGGGUUUAUGUCUUCUUAUAUAAACCAGUUAAAAGUUAUUUAAUUUGAAAAUAGUUGAACUCCCUGGUGAAAUAGUUCAGGGAGUUCAAAUGUGACUCAGACUUGGCCCAGUUUUCUUGGCAACAAUGCUUUUAAUUAGAGAUUAUGUGAAGCUAAAGGUUUUGAAAAUGUAUUUUCUAUAAACAGUUAUUUUAUUUUCUGUCUUUGUGUGUCUACAUUUGAAUGAUGCAUUUUGGUGCUUAUUGAAAUAGAAAACAUUUAUUAUUUGCAUGUUUUCUAAUGGGAAUGGCAGCAUAAAAUAAACUUUUAUGAAUCAGCGUUUUCCACACAACUGUCUUCACUCUUAUAAAGGCAUAGUCUUUAUAUUACUGUUGAUACUUAUUGCUACUUUUCUAUGUGAUCAAAAGUGAUAAUUUCAUUAACAAAAUUAGGAUAUUUUCAUGAAUACAUGUUUUAUGUAACAAGUGUAUUGUUAUUUGAGACCCACAGUGCUUCGAAUAAGCAAUGUAGUUCUUUUUCAAACUAUAAAUUACAUUGUAUUUUACUGGGAUUUCAUUUGUUAGACCAACACAUACCAGUGAAAUGAAAACAAAGAUAUUGAUACAUGUCUUUUAUUGUCUUACAGCUAACAAGCUGAAAAGUAUAAAAUGCACUGUGAACCUUUCCUCUGACUACCUAAAA